GAAGCACCCCGCAGGCCGGACCGGAAGGGGCUCCUCAACCCUGCGAUGCGACAAAGGAAGUCCCGCCUCUGUAGCGCCACUGACACCGCGGACGCCACCGAGCUCCGAGCCGGUCUCGGAGGGGCGGCCAGAUUUGGUUCUGGAGCUGCCAUGAUUGAAGUGGUAGCGGAGCUGAGUCGAGGUCCUGUGUUUCUGGCGGGGGAGGCUCUGGAAUGUGUGGUGACUGUCACUAAUCCCCUGCCUCCGACUGCCACUUCUGCAUCCAGUGAGGCUCUGGCCUGGGCCAGUGCCCAGAUCCACUGCCAGUUCCAUGCCAGUGAGAGUCGGGUAGCACUGCCACCCCCUGACUCUAGUCAGCCGGAUGUCCAGCCUGACAGCCAGACUGUCUUUCUGCCACACCGAGGUGAGAGGGGUCAGUGUAUCCUUUCUACUCCACCAAAAAUCCUGUUCUGUGACCUGAGGCUAGACCCUGGAGAAUCCAAAUCAUACUCUUACAGUGAAGUGCUGCCCACAGAGGGACCACCUUCCUUCCGGGGUCAGUCCGUCAAGUACGUCUACAAAUUGACCAUAGGCUGUCAGCGGGUCAACUCACCCAUCACUUUACUCCGGGUCCCUUUGAGAGUUCUUGUGCUGACUGGUCUUCAAGAUGUCCACUUCCCCCAGGAUGAGGCUGUGGCUCCAUCUAGUCCGUUCUUGGAGGAGGAUGAAAGUGGGAAGAAGGAUUCGUGGCUAGCUGAGCUAGCUGGGGAGCGCCUCAUGGCUGCCACAUCCUGCCGCAGCCUCCAUCUAUACAAUAUCAGUGAUGGCCGAGGGAAAGUUGGGACAUUUGGUAUCUUCAAAUCUGUGUACAGACUCGGCGAGGACGUGGUGGGGACCUUAAACUUAGGGGAAGGAACAGUAGCUUGUUUACAGUUUUCAGUAAGCUUGCAAACUGAAGAGCGAGUGCAGCCUGAGUACCAGCGCCGCCGCGGGACAGGAGUUGCCCCUUCAGUGUCCCAUGUGACUCAUGCCCGGCACCAGGAGUCCUGCCUACAUACAACCAGAACCAGCUUCUCCCUUCCCAUCCCUCUCUGCUGUACCCCUGGCUUCUGCACUGCCGUUGUGUCCUUGAAGUGGCGAUUGCAUUUUGAAUUUGUAACGUCCCGAGAGCCAGGAUUGGUCCUUCUGCCCCCAUUGGAAGAGCCUGAGCCUUCGACCUGGACAGGGCCUGAGCAGGUGCCUGUGGACACCUUCAGCUGGGACCUCCCCAUCAAAGUGCUCCCCACAAGCCCCACCCUGGUCUCCUACGCUGCUCCAGGUCCCAGCACCAGCAGCGUAACUAUCUGAAACUGCCUCACCUGCCCGCUGUGGCACUGGGUUUUCAAGACACCGAGAACUCAACACCUGGACUCGAGUGGGACCCGCUUUUCCCACCUGGGGUUCAGAACACAGGCAAUGAGAAACGGGCUUUCAGCUGGAGCGUUAAUUUAUUUAUUUGGAGUAAAUUGGCAGCUGCUAGUGGUUUCCCUGGAAGUGGCAGCAGCAGUGAGCAGCCAGCAUUUGGGUGAUCCUUUAGCUGGAGUGGGGAGCAGGAGCCCCAGGAGCAGGGGUGUUAGCUGAGCCCCAUUCUAAGUCGGGUCCUCCACCUUUGCAGGGCAGCCGAGGGUCAGAUUUUUGCACCAGGGAAAAUUGACAGCUUCCUGCCUCCUGGCGUACUUCACAGCCAGCAGGGAAAUCAAUGGGAUGCUGAGACCUAGAGAACCAAAGAUUGGGAGAGUCAAUGCAGUGAAAAGUCACCUCUACAGCCUGCCCUCCCUCCUCAGACCAGCCUCCCUGUCCUCCUUUAGUGUGCCCCAGCACCCCUAACAGCUCUCUAUUCCCACAGAAGGACUUCUUAGUGUUCUAAGCAGGAGUACUUCUCUCCAAUCUACCUCGACUCCCCUCUCAUUGGUGCCUUCACAUCUGCAGUCUCCUGAUACUCUUUUGUUUAUUCUUGCCUCACAGAAAUCUAGUUACUCUCUGGCCAUCCCCCAGUCACAUCAGAGGCAUUCCCCCUGGCCAUUCAUGGCCACUCACGUGUCACAGCAGCCCACACCAACAGGAUGCAGACAGGUGUAAAAUUGUCCCUGGCAAUGCUUCUGGCUCUCUCUCAAAGAGAAGUAUCUCCUCCAAGUAUCCUAACAAGCCAACCCACUUUCACAGAGGUGCCCCCUCUUUUCUCAUGAUGGAACGAGGCCUCACGGACUUCCGUCCUGUAAAGUCUGCAGGCUUGGGAAGUCGGUUGGGAUCAGACCAUGCCUGUACUCACGGGCCCUCUGACCCUGCACAAGUCACUUCACCUCUGUCGUCCAGUCUCCUCAUCUGCAAACAGAGUAGAAGUGCUAGCUCAUGGGCUUGUCACGAGCCAGCACACGGGGUGUUCUAAGCGCCAUCUUUGACCCUUGGCCCUGAGAAAAUAGCCAUGGAUUGAGGAAAGCUCAAAAUGCUGAAGACCGCUGUUCUGCACAGCCGAGGGCUUCUGUUGUGGAUUGCACUCUCCAGGCCAACUGCUGUCUUCCACAUGUAUUCUCCAAGGUAACCUACUGCCUCCUUCAAAAACAGAUGUGGCCCUGGGAAUAUUUGGUUUCACUCCUUGACAUCUGAAAUUCUUCAGACCUGGUUUGAAAGGUGAAGUUGCUGCUAAAGCUGCUUUUCUCACCUCAGUACCUUGGGAGGAGGGAUUGUGUCUUAUAUUCGGCUAACUUUAGGACUCUGUUUCUUCUUGUUUGGCUCCUGACCUCCCUACCCCCCACCCCCAUCCUCUUAUGUAGGUUCCAAGUCUCCUUUGUGACCACUUGUAAUAAUAGUUUAGCUGUCAUUAAAGGCCUUGGUCAAACUGGACUUUUCUUUCCCACAUUUCAAAGGCCCAACUGCUGUUCCAACUCUUCCUCUUCUGCUUGUAGGUUAUUGCUCUGGUUUUCAUUCAAGUCUGUAGUCCCAUUCACGUCACUGCACUCUCCAUCCUUAGCACAGUGGAUAUAGCGUGCUUCUGGCAGGCUUUUUCAGAAGCCACCCUGCCUGUCACCUCCUCAUCCAGCAGCCGUGGCAGCACACCUCUCUCCUCGUAGCCAUCUUCCUCCAAGAUAGCUUUUGCCUUGGCUGGGAUGUAGUUCGGUGAUGGAGUGCUUGCCUGCCAUCUCAAUGUUCUAGUCGCCAUUCCAAAAUUGAGUGAAAGAAAACAAGAUUUCCCUCCAGAGGGGUGUCAAGAAAGAACAAAGGAGAGCCUAUCAGAGGACACCCAGGUAGGCUCCUGAGUUGGGGCAAGACCUUGACCCCUUGCUAUCUUGACUGGAGAAGGGAUUAAAAGAGAUCAAGGUUAGAAGUCUGGUCAGUAGUUAACGUCUGGAACCUACCUGAAGGCUGAGCAUAGACUAUUUUCUGAAGUGACUAGAGACAACGCAAAUGGGUAUCUGCAGAUGGUGGAGGCAGUGGAGGUACUGGAAAUGUGACCUGGUGGGCAUUGGUGCUUGAGCCAUGCCGAACUGCAAGAUGAGGAUUAGCUUCUGGAAUGCAGAAGCAGGCAUGUGGCUGUGGGACCUUCAGGAAGGAGGCUGGGCUGAACAGGAUUUCUGUCUGAGGUUGCAUGGCCGUGUGGAGCUGGCUAACGGCCAGGGCAUUGGUGUGGAUGUGUCGGACGGUCAGUGGUUAGAGCCCAACUCACUUGAGUCCCGGGAGAUCAGCCUUUGGGGUAAGGGGCGGGGCAGGGGGUGGGGGGAGGGUUGGCACCGGCUGCUCUGCAGGGACGAGGAAAACAUCCGCUGGAGGUGGUCCAGACUGUGUUCCAGCAGCAGUGUAGGGCAGGUGUGCAGGGUUAGGAAGUGAGCGCUUUCCGGCUGAGUCACCCCAACCCUGACCCACUUUGCCCAGAUGGGAUGGAGCAUGGCUUUGGAGACCAUGACUCUAGAAGAUUUGGGGACUGGAGUCUGGGGUGGGGAUGAGAGGGUCUUGAAAAAGCUCAACGGAAUCAUGGGAGGGGCUAUCCAGCUGUCACCACAGUGCGAAAUGCAAGAGCUCCUAAAUUCAUAGCUUGUGGCUGAAUAUAAGCAGCGAGGCAGGGUAGAGCUGGGAAACGUGAGGGGAAGGGCACGGGAAAGGCCUACAAAGUCUUCCUAGAGAGGAAGGUCAAGGAAAACUGGGAGGAGGUGGUGAUGCUCAGGCCGUUUGGUUAGGCUUCUGAGAACAAGGCGGCCAAGUGUCCCAGCAAGUCGCACAGUGGGACAGUCCAGUGAGGCCUGCAGGAAGGAAGGCUCCAGGGAGUACCCAGGGUUAGAGUAUUUGGAUCUCUGCAGUAAGCAGUUCCUGGUUCUAAAGAGGCUUUCUGUGCAGGAGAAACUACGUUGGGAUUGCUUAGGUGGACUCUAUCCAUGCUGGGCUGUGACAGCCAAGGUAAAGGAUAAUGUAAAACACGGAAUUCUGUGUCUACUCUAGUCAACAGCUGUGCCCUCCGGAGUCAGGCCGAUGGGAUUGUUUCCUUGUAACCAGCCAGCACUGACAAGGCAGGAAGGUUGCUACAAGGAUGAGGAGGCCAGCUUGGGCUACAGAGUGAGACUUUUUUUUUUUUUAAACAAUUUGCUCUUACUAAAUCUUAAAAUCUUGAAUAAAAGUUGAAAAAUCAA